AUGGGGAAUGGGAGACUGCAAUGACGAAUUAUGUAAGAGUUAUUACCAUGUGAUUUAUCUAUAAUAAUUUUGUCGGCUACAGGUACAAUUAAAUGCAUAUUGUUUUUAACUUGGUAUAUAACGGUGUGUUAGUAUGUACCAAGUGACAGGGCCUAAUACCGGAUUUGGACUGUGCAACAACCUUGCCUAUACCAGUAUAGGACUGUAGGCCUACAGCUGAAUGAGGUGAAUCUGCUCUAUGCUCACUCAUUUUUCACCUGCCUGUAAUCUUUUGUAAUCGAUCAUUGUAAUUUAAUCAGUGUGAAUCGCUUGCGUGAGUAUUCUAGCCUAAAUUAUUUUAAUGAGUAGUUCAGUAAUUUUGGAAAAUACAAUGCAAGUUCGGUCAGAGAGAACUAUAGCGUAUUGCACACCCGGUAUUUAAACUGCUGAUAAGAAAGAAAGACCGAAUAACCGCAUCUAAAUUCGUACCGGUCUUAUCUAGACGGGAAUAGGACAAUGGCGACGUUAACAAGCCAGGACUCAACCGCUCAAGCGCGGGUUUAUUUCCAAACGCCUCCCGGUACCGAGGAUUCAGAAGUCGUCCAGAAGCAAGGGCGGGUAACCGUGAAAUACGAUAGAAAAGAGCUGAGGAAGCGACUCAAUUUGGAGGAGUGGAUAAUUGAGCAGUUAACGGAUUUAUACGACUGUGAGGAGGAGGAGAUUCCAGAGUUGGAGAUUGACGUGGAUGAGCUGUUGGAUAUGCUCACUGAUGGAGACCGGGCCUCCAGGGUCAAGGGUUUGCUGGUUGACUGUUACAAACCUACAGAUGACUUUGUCACGGCUCUCCUGGAGAAGGUUAAAGGUCUGCAGAAACUCAGCACUCUGCCCAAAAAGAAUGAAAAAUCUCCUCCUUAGCCUCAGAACGACCCCAACCGAUUACAACUCAGUUCUACACAGGGACACCCAGCUAGAAUCCCUCAGCAUCUAGAACCCUUCAGUCAGCAGGAUUGAUAGAGGGAAGAAGAUCGACCAAUCAAAUCUCUGCAGCAGGGAUUACUAUGUCUCUGUCUUUGUGUAAACAACUUCUUGUCAAUUUAUAAUCAUGUUAUACAUAUACAGUAGUAAGUGAUGAGUGUUAUAUCAUAAUAAUAUAGUACAUAAUAUUGAUAAACUGAUUUGUUGACACGGAGGAAGAAUAUAACAACAUUUAACUUGAGCUAUACGUCACCAGCAAAGCAUGACAAGUACAUAAACCUCAUGACAGCUCAUAGUGAGUCAUGACAGAGGCAACAUUAUGCAGUCUAACAAAUGUAACUCUUUGGUUAGUUGAUUAGUUAACUUACAUUACUGUAUGUAUAAUGACAGCUAGAAAUAGUGAACUGUCAUUGGUUGGUAAUAGCUGGAGCCAUGUCAUUUUUACGAUGCCAUUUUAACCAGGAUUUAUAGAGAAGCAAAGUGUUACUGAGAAUGGUUUAUGUAGGAAACGGUAGUUAAGUCUGUGUAAUGAUUUCAAGCCGAGCACUGUCAUCAUCUGUCAAAUAUUUUUUUGGGAAAGGGAAGCAUGAAGUGCUUUUUAACAUUUCACACUAGACUACUGGGAGUGAACAUUAUGCUUUUCUUUGUUAUACCUUUGACAUGAGCAAGUGUGGACAGUUGUCAAAGACAAACACCAGCAUGCCACACAUAAGGUACUGUAAUAACAUCAGUAGCCUACACAUUUUCAUUGCGCAAAAAUUGUUAUAUAAUUUUGGGAGUAAUGCAUGACUUACUCCAUAAAACACAGGAAAACAUUAGCAGAUUAGGGUUAGGGUCCAUUUAAAUCCAUUACAUGAACUGUCACUACAGUAAACGCUUUUGAGCCCUACUAUAACAUAUGGUUAAACUGUUUUCCUCUACACAUCCUCCACCCUGGUGCCUGAGAGUUAGGGGGUGGGUCUGUUUCUCUCAGACCUGCCUGACCCAAGUAGAUAGAAAGGCCUUUGCUUUAUAUAGCUUUUUAUUUGUUUCUCAAACCAAAUAAACCUUGUCAUUAACCAUACAGUAAGCACUGCGAAAAGGACAUGGAAGGCCUUAGAAGACAAUGGCAAUGAUUGUAUUGACUAUUGUGGAUUAAGCAAUGUCUUUGAAAAGUAUGACAAUUGGUCCUGCAUUUCGCUGCACCCGCUAUAACAUCUGUUAAACUGUGUACGCGACCAAUAAACGUUGAUUUUGGAGUGUAGAAAUGUACUAUACUGUAUGCUGGUAUCCACUGUACCAAGAAGUUUCCUUGAUAUGUAAAUUGACCGUGUAUACCAUACCACUAUCAUGACUGGGUGGAUACCUUAUUACUAUAAUUCCUUCAUCUUUUGUACCUCAUUGAGAUGUUAUUUUGGGCAGGCUUUUAACUACCAGAUUCACAGUGUAUCCCCUAGAACCUGCAUCACGUUGAAGACUGAAUCAAAUCAUAAACUGAGUGCUGGAGGUAGGCGACUGCAUAAUCUGUGGUGUGUGUGUUCAAGAUGUGAUUGCAAAACUGUAGUGACGUAAUGUAGCAAUACUUAACGGUGCUGUUUAACAAUUUGUUACAUUUUUAUUAAAAUUCAAUAAGUGUUUUACCUA